AUGAAGUCAUUUAGAAAUCCAAAAUAUUUAGAUAGAUAUGAAGAUGUUGUAUUUGACCUGGAACGGACUUUAGAUACAGCCCCAGCAAAUAACGCUUACCAAACGAAAACAUGUCUUAGAUUUGUUGCUGAUAACACAGGAGAAACUACUCCUUUUGAUUGGUAUAACGCACGAUUAUCAAUGGAUUUUAAGGUAAAUAAGCUGGCAGAUGGAGGAAAUAUUGCGGCUGCCGACCAUAACGGAAUUGUAAAUGGUAGUAACUCCUUUAUAGAAAAAUUAAGUAUCCUGGCAAAUGGUCGAGAAGUUUAUAGUUGUAAUUAUGCAAAUCAUGUUGUAAAUAUUAAAAAUUUGCCUGAGUAUAAUCCUUCAUAUGCACAGAGUGUUGCUGCAAACGAAUUUUAUUUUCUUGAUACAUCAACAGCUGCAGAGGAAAGACCUGCUCAAGGAACUUAUAAUAAAGGUUUUCAUCAAAGGAAAUUACUAUUAGGUGCAUCAGCCACAGUAAAUUGUGAAAUUCCUUUUAAUAGAUAUUCUUUCUUUGAAGCAUUGGAAGAUAAACUACUUCCUAAUACAAAAAUUGAGCUAAGUAUCGAAAUUGAAAAAGAUGCAAAUUUAAUUUUUCAAGGUGCUGAUGAUUGUAGAGUUAUUAUAACAAGACUACAACUUUUUAUUCCAAAACUUACGUUUAAUUCAGAAGGACAAAAGUUGUACAUGGAAAAUUAUCUUAAACCUUACAAAUGGACAUAUUUGAAUGAAGUAGUUGAAAGGUCAAAUAAUACACAACAACAAACAGGACAUUUUGGAAUUACAAAUGCUAUUUCAAAGCCAAGGCAUGUAUUUGUUUUUGGAAUUGAUACAGCAAGAAUUGAUGAACAAACAGCAAAUCCAUUUCUAUACGACACUUUUAAUUUACCAAAUAAUGCUAAUAUAAGAGAUUGUCACCUGGAAGUUGCAAAUGGAAACGAAUAUCCAUUUAUUCACUUUAAACCUUCUACAGAUAUGUCAAGAGUUUUUAGAAAUGUAAUGUCAUACGUCUAUGCAAAUAAUGAUUAUCAAGGUGGAACAUUACUUAAUAUAAGUAAUUUUAAAUCUUUAUUUCCUUUUGUUUAUUUUGACCUGACAAAACAAAAAAUGGAUAUCAAAGAUGGUGUUACAAAACUAGCAUUUCAUUACGAAUUAACUGCUAAUCCAAACGCUGAUUAUAAUAUUUACGCAUUAGUCUUACAUGAAAGAGUAGCAGAAAUAUCACAACAAGAUGGAAAACUAUUGCUUCGUGCUUAG